GCUUUAACAGAUACAAGUAAGACAUGAAAUCUAGAAGAACUUUGUAGGCACUACAAAACACAACCAUUUUCCUCCUAUACCUCCCAUUUUCAAUGCACAAAACAAUAAAAACCAGAAAGAUAGAAAAACUAUCAACACCAAAAUGAAAAUAUCAACAUUUUCAUUUCACCAUCUUCUUACAUUUUUCCUCAUAAUUCUAAACCAUGCAAAAUCUCAAUCUCAACAAAAUCUUCAUAACCAAGAACAUGAAACCCUAAUGAAAAUAAAACAACAUUUUCAAAAUCCACCAAACCUUAAUCAUUGGACUUCAUCAAACACCUCUUAUUGUUCUUCUUGGCCAGAAAUCACUUGCACAAAUGGUUCUGUCACAGGUUUGACUUUGUUCAACUAUAACAUAAACCAAACCAUACCAUCUUUCAUAUGUGACCUUAAAAAUCUCACACAUGUUGAUUUCAACAACAAUUACAUACCUGGGAUGUUUCCAACAGAUUUAUACAAUUGUUCAAAGUUAGAGUAUCUUGAUUUGUCAAUGAACAAUUUUGUUGGAAAAAUUCCUGAAAAUAUUUUCACUUUGUCAAAUUUGAAUUAUCUUAAUCUUAGUUAUACUAACUUCACUGAUGAUAUUCCUUCAAGUAUUGGAAAGUUAAAGAAACUGAGAUUUCUUGCAUUGCAAGUUUGUCUGUUUAAUGGAACAUUCCCGGAUGAGAUUGGAGAUUUGGUGAAUCUUGAAACGUUGGAUUUGUCGAACAAUUUGUUUAAGAGUUCUACGUUGCCGGUGAGCUGGACCAAGUUGAGUAAAUUGAAGGUGUUUUAUAUGUAUGUCUGCAAUCUUUUUGGUGAAAUGCCUGAAUCAAUGGGAGAAAUGGUUUCUUUGGAGGAUUUGGAUAUUUCCCAAAAUGGGUUGACUGGGAAAAUUCCUAGUGGUUUGUUCAUGUUGAAGAAUCUUAGAAGAUUGUUGCUUGCAACGAACGAUCUUUCUGGAGAGUUACCUGAUGUGGUUGAAGCGUUAAACUUGACUAACAUCGAGCUUACGCAGAAUAAUCUUACUGGAAAAAUACCAGAUGAUUUUGGAAAGCUACAAAAGCUAACAGAGUUGUCUUUGUCGUUGAAUAAUUUUUCAGGAGAGAUUCCGCAAAGCAUAGGUCAACUUCCAUCUCUGAUAGAUUUUAAGGUCUUUAUGAAUAACUUAUCAGGUACACUUCCUCCUGAUUUUGGACUUCACUCAAAGCUAAGAAGUUUUCAUGUUACAACAAACAGAUUUGAGGGAAGAUUGCCAGAGAAUUUGUGCUAUCAUGGAGAGUUACAAAAUUUAACUGCCUAUGAAAAUCAUCUAAGUGGUGAGUUACCAGAAUCACUUGGAAAUUGUAGUAGCUUGUUGGAGAUGAAAAUUUACAAGAACGAUUUUUACGGUAACAUUCCUAGUGGACUCUGGAGAUCUGAAAAUCUGGGGUAUUUUAUGAUAAGUCAUAAUAAGUUCAAUGGUGAGCUUCCUCAAAAUUUGUCAUCAAGUAUUUCACUUUUGGAUAUAAGUUAUAAUCAAUUUUCUGGUGGAAUUCCAAUUGGAGUAUCUUCUUGGACUAAUGUGGUUGAGUUCAUAGCAAGCAAGAAUAAUCUUAAUGGAAGUAUUCCACAAGAGAUAACAUCACUUCAUAAGCUACAAACACUGUCGCUUGAUCAGAAUCAGCUAAAAGGGCCACUUCCAUUUGAUGUAAUAUCAUGGAAUUCAUUACUGACACUAAAUUUGAGCCAAAAUCAACUAAGUGGAGAAAUUCCAGCUUCAAUCGGUUAUUUACCUGAUCUUAGUGUUCUUGAUCUCUCAGACAAUCAAUUCUCCGGCGAAAUACCUUCUAUAGCUCCAAGAAUCACAGUUCUCGAUCUAUCAUCCAAUCGUUUAACAGGAAGAGUUCCUAGUGCAUUUGAAAAUUCGGCAUAUGAUAGAAGCUUUUUGAACAAUUCUGGUUUAUGUGCUGAUACACCAAAAUUGAACCUUACCUUGUGCAAUUCUAAUUCCAACACUCAAAGUGAAAGCAAAGAUUCAUCUUUAUCUCCUGCUUUGAUUGGAAUUUUGGUGGUAGUUUCGAUCUUAGUGGCUUCAUUGAUAUCGUUUGUGAUUAUCAAACUUUACAGUAAAAGAAAACAAGGAUCGGAUAACUCAUCAUGGAAACUCACUUCAUUUCAAAGACUAAAUUUCACAGAAUCAGACAUAGUUUCUUCAAUGACAGAAAAUAAUAUUAUAGGAAGUGGUGGAUAUGGUACAGUUUAUAGAGUUUCUGUCGAUGUAUUAGGCUAUGUAGCUGUGAAAAAGAUUUGGGAAAACAAAAAACUAGACCAAAAUCUUGAGAAAUCAUUUCACACUGAGGUUAAAAUAUUGAGCAGCAUUCGACAUAGAAACAUUGUGAAAUUGUUAUGUUGUAUCUCUAAUGAUGAUACAAUGCUACUUGUUUACGAGUAUGUCGAAAACCGAAGUCUUGAUGGAUGGCUGCAGAAGAAGAAAACUGUUAAGUCUUCAACUUUGUUGUCGAGGUCAGUUCAUCAUGUUGUUCUUGACUGGCCAAAGAGAUUGCAAAUAGCUGUCGGUGUAGCUCAAGGUUUGAGCUAUAUGCAUCAUGAAUGUUCACCGCCGGUUGUUCAUAGAGAUGUGAAGACAAGUAACAUUCUUUUGGAUGCUCAGUUUAAUGCAAAAGUUGCUGAUUUUGGUUUGGCUAGGAUGUUGAUCAGUCCCGGGGAAGUUGCUACUAUGUCAGCUGUGAUCGGUUCUUUCGGCUAUAUGGCUCCAGCAGGCCGCCACUCAAGAAACCAGAAACCUUCCUGCGCCUGUACAACAGAUACACAGCAGCAGGAACCAGAAAAUUUGCUGCAAUCUGCAGGCCGAAAAAUCCCCCAGCCGAUCCUCAAUCUCUCGAAUCCCUCUCCAUACAAUAACAUGGAUCCCAAAACCAUUCGUAAAAAAGGCAAUUACGCAUAUUUGAUCUACUCAGACUCCAUUUUCAAGAUAACACCUUAAUCUCCUCCACCGGUCCAAAAUAUCGGGAAUGCUUAUUUUCAAAGAUAAGGGAAGUUCUCGUUUUCCAAAGAAUCCAUGUCAAUCAAUCUUGACUGUCGAUCAUUAAAACAUUUGACUUUAAAUCAUAACAACUUUUAAAGUGAUUUGAUUCAUCUGAUUGGCUGUGAUUUGUUGAGAGUAUACAACUUUUUACACUGAAAGUGUAUGCAUAUUAAUCUAAUCCAUUUAUUUUCUCAAUAUAAAUUAAACAAAUUUUGGCUUUGAUCCUGUUUAACAUGAAGCAAUUAUUGUUAGUCCUUGUAAAAAAAAAUUCUUAGUGAAAUCUGAAAUCAUUAUCUUUUGCAUGUUCUCUAUCAUUUACGGUAUGUCUAAAUUGACUUAUUUGAAUUUAUCUACUAGCACAAGCACUCGUGAAACUGUUUAAGAGAUCUUAUGAAAAUAGCUUUGGACAUGUCUGUUAGCUGUUUUCAGCUUAUUUUCACAAACUUUUCAGGAUAGUUUAUGAAAACAGCUUAUAAAUUAUAUGGAUCAGUUUAACUUUAUUUGAUCUUUUGUUAUAAAAAUAGAUUAUACAUAAACACUUAUAUUAUAAUCACUUAUGUGAUAAGUACUAAAUUUGAAUUUAACCCUUUUCUUUUGUUACUUUUCUCAUCGGCAUAAGCUUACCUUGACUGUGUUUUUGACAUGGUUGAA